AGUCCUUUAUUUUUUGAUACAAUUUGCCUGUUACUCGUUGGUCCUUACACAGUUGUUUAUAAAUUUGCCCACGGUUAACAAUUGAAAAGCAGGAUGUUUCAAAAACCCUUUUAGUAAGACGCCAUUGUUCCCCAGGACCUCCCUGAACUGAAGGAGUUCUAUGUUUUAGGGUUGCGAACUUCUAGCAUACUUCUCAGAUUUUACAAAGUCUCAUCGAUCUUUGAUAUUUUGACGCACCGAUCUGAUUGGUCACAGGAUCCUAAACCGCCUCUUCCACAUAGCCUUCAUCUUUAACGCGCCUCUUCCAACGCUGCGCGUGAUUGGUCGAACCUAGCUAGUUAAUCAGGAUGGGAAUUUUAAAUGAGCCCAAGGAUAUGCCAGCAAUCUUCGAGUCGAGACCUUCACAAGUCCCUGGUUACGGCAUGGGAGUAUGGACUCGGCAGAACGUGAAGCAAGGACUCGUCCUGGAAUUUGAGUACAUCGUAACUCAGACCACUAAAAGGGGUCUUCACAUUUGGGAGUUGUUUGAAGGAGGAGUGGUUAAAGGUUAUGUGGACACACGAGGUACAUGGUUGCGCCUGGUACAAUUUGCUCGAAAUGAGUCCGAAGCUUCAGUUGAAAUAGGACUUGAUCAACAAAACAGACUGAGUUUUACUGUUUUGAAGGAUUUGGACUCCAAACAAGAACUGCUGAUGAAACUGAGUGAGUCUUACAGGACAGCCAUGGGAGUUCCCGAUGACAUAGCUGCAAUAGGGAGUGUUUAUGACUGUGGCUGCUGUCCUAAACUGUUUAACCAUCCACUCUCUCUGAGUAUUCACAAGCUGUAUUACUGUGGAACGGAAAGUUUCCUGUGGUGUGAUGACUGUGGCCAAAUUUUCGCACUUGUUGAAACUCUUAGAAAUCACAUACUCGAACACAUUGCAGAGAGGAAGACAACUACAAGACCAUUUGAUGCUGAAAAUUUAUUGAAGGUUGAGGCACCAAGUCCUAUCAAACUGUCUCCAGUAUCGUUUCCUUCUCACUUCUUGCCUGGAUUUCUACCUUUUCAGACCUUUAAAGAAAAUCUACAGGCUUUUGGAGAGCAAGUAUGGCCAUUCCGGUGUGACCACUGCAACAAGCCCUUCUCCCACCAUAGCUCUCUCAGAGUUCACCAGAGAAUGCACACAGGAGAAAAGCCAUUCAAAUGUGACGCGUGCUCCAAAACAUUUGCAAGGAGGGACUCUCUACAAGCCCACGUAAGAACACACACAAAGCCCUUCACAUGUGGAAAAUGUGGCAGAUCAUUCGCCAGACCUGACUCGCUGGUCGCCCACGCCCGGAAUCACGCCGGACACAGCGACAGACCCUUCAAAUGUGUGGAGUGUGGGAAAGGGUUCGGUGUGGCCCAGGCUCUACAGACUCACAUGAGAAUACAUACAGGGGAGAAGCCCUUCAAGUGCAAGCAUUGCCCGAAAGCCUUCGCUCACAUGUCUUCUCUUAAAGUUCACAUCAACAGUACUCACACAGGAGUGAAACCUUUCAAAUGCCAGCAUUGCAGUAUGAGAUUUGCGGACGGAUCCAACUUACGGCGCCACAUUCAGACUCACACUAACGAGAAACCACACGCUUGUAAGCAGUGUGGCAAAGCUUUUGCGCGGGGUAGUAUUCUGAAGGAGCACAUGAGGACACAUGCUAAAUACGACACUGCAGCCCAACAACAUUCUCAGCGAACCUCUCGGCUUGUGUCCAGCACAAACACGCAUGAGGCCCCAGAUUAUCCUAUGGAGACGAUGAUUAAAGUCCUACAGCAAUACCAAGGUCUUCACCGCUCCUCCGUCAGUGCUUUCAGUCCUCUUGCUCCUUUUAUUCUCAGUCCUGAGGAGACUCAGAAGUCAUCCUCAGCCUUCUCAAAGCCAAUGUGCACUGCUACUGUCCAGUAAGGUUACUCAGACACAGAAGGUUAUUCAACCGUGAAAUAAAUCCAUAGACGAUGACAAAUUGGAAUCUAGCGACACAAUGAUAAAUACAGCCAUUUUGACGUAGUCUGUACGGUUUAAGUUAAACUGCAGAAACUUUUCAGAGCAAAUGAAUGAUAGUUGUUUUCUUUAGGAGCAAGUUUCUAAUUCAACUAGAUUAAGUCAGCUAAAAUAAUUAAAUAUUUGAAUUUGAAUGGUAAAGUUUGAUAAAAUGUAAAAAGCCAUUUUGUGUAUUGUUUCGAUGUGGUUUGUUUUAUCAUUAGUUAAAUAAUCAUUUGACCCAUGUGAUACCAUUGACAUGGACACAUUAAGUGAAUUAUUUAUAUCCCAAACUAUUCUUAAAUAAUAAUAUUUCACACAGACAGACAACAGAGGCCGAAUUAAUUAAACACUUUAUUUUCUGCUAACAUUAUUGAAAUAUUUCCACGGAAGAAUAUUUGCCAAUUAGAAAUAAUUUUAAAACUAAUCAAUAAUGUAAUGUGAUAGCAGCAUGGAUUUCAGAUACUAUCAUUUUCGUAUUGCGACCGCUUAAUCUAUAAGUAAUAAAAUAGUAUUAGUAAAUGGUUACACAGAACUUUCAUUCUAGAUAUUGAGUUUUUCAGAUUCCUACUGAUUUAGCUCUUGAGAUGAUUUUCAGAUUUAGUUUUAUUUAAUCUUUAUUUGAUGAGAUUGUUUUACUUCUAUAA